AUGGUGUCAAUUACUAAAGAACUCAAUGUCAUCGAUCUCAAUUCAGUUUUGAUUUUCACAUCAUUUGUAACCCCCAAAAGUCAUGUUGAGCAUCUUCAUCUGACAACAUGCUUGAAACAUGAUAAAACAAAAUUUUUUCUAUUUACUGAGAGUUCUAAAUGGUUAAGAGAAUCAUGGGAGAUAGAACAGCAAAACGUUUCAUGUUGUCGGAAUAAAUGGCGAAAAAACUUUCCUACUUUGCCAAAUGACUUCUUCACAGUAAAAGCAGUCUCAUCGCCUUUUGUCUUAAAUAGUGUGUAG